GGGAGGCUCGGCCCGCGCCCUGCACGCUACCAUCCUCCGGGUUCCCAGCCCCGGGUGCUGAGCUCGCCGCUAUAAAUAGCAGGUUACAGCUUCUGCUUGGGCGCACACGCUUUCACUGGAGAACGCAGGAAAGUCAUCCUGAAAAGUGUCUGCCGCUGCUAUCGCCCCCUACUCAGCCUCUGCAAGAGAACCCAAAGAAAUGGUGUCACCUGGCAAGAGAUCUGCUGUGUUUCAUGAAAAAACAGCCCAAGAGCCCUAAAACCAGUGAAACAAUAAUCAAAGAUACAAGGUGUUGAAGAACACAACAUAUAUCAGAAUUUCACAGUGGACUUUUAGAUCGUUAAUGUGAAGAUACGCCAACGUUUAACCUGAGCUCAUUAUCUGGUACCAUUUGAAAAGACACCGUGGAGAAUAAGUCAGUUGUGAGGUGGAUCAUGGAAAUCAAAGAGGAAGGAACAUCAGAAGAAGGCCAGCAUUUUCUUCCUGCAGCUCAGGCAAAUGACCCUGAGGACAUUCAGUUUACCAGCAUCCAGAAGAUUCCAAAUGAGCCACAGUUGGAAUUCAUUCUCGCCUGCAGGGAUCUUGUGGCUCCUGUCAGUGAUCGGAAACUGAAUACAGUAGUCCAGAUCUCAGUAAUCCACCCCGUGGAGCAGACCCUGAGGAGGUACUCCAGCACAGAAGUUGUGGAGGGAACAAAAGACCCACUGUUCCUGACGGGUGUCACAUUCCCAUCAGACUACCCCAUCUAUGAAGAGACAAGAAUAAAACUGACAGUCUACGAUGUCAAGGAUAAGUCUCAUGAUACUAUUCGAACCAGUGUCCUUCCGGAACACCAGGAUCCCCCGCCAGAAGUUGCGAGAAGCUUCCUGGGCUGUGCCAGUUUUAAAGUUGGGGAGCUGCUGAAGUCCAAGGAGCAGCUGCUGUCUCUGAGCCUGAGAACCUCAGAUGGUGGCAAAGUGGUCGGCACCAUAGAAGUCAGCCUCGUGAAGAUGGGGGAGAUUGAGGAUGGGGACACCAACCACAUCACCACAAAUGUGCAGGGACAAAAGUGUGCAUUAAUGUAUGAAUCCACAGCACCAAAAAGUCUGAGCAGGAAGGAAAACUUACCUUUUAUGAAUGCAGUUUUAAGGAAUCCGGUGUGUAAGCUAUAUAGAUUCCCCACAUCUGACAAUAAGUGGAUGCGAAUACAUGAGCAGAUGUCAGAAAGCAUUCUUUCUUUCCAUAUUCCUAAGGAAUUGAUUUCCCUUCACAUAAAAGAAGACUUAUGUAGAAACCAGGAGUUAAAAGAACUUGGUGACCUUUCCCCACACUGGGACAACCUACGGAAAAAUGUCCUUUCUCACUGUGAUCAAAUGGUGACUAUGUACCAAGAUAUUCUGACAGAACUUUCCAAAGAAACAGGGUCCUCUUUCAAAUCCAGCAGCAGCAAAGGAGAGAAAACAUUAGAAUUUGUUCCAGUAAAUCUACACUUGCAACGAAUGAGGGUCCACAGCCCUCACCUGAAAGAUGCUCUCUAUGAUGUCAUCACUGUGGGGGCCCCAGCUGCCCAUUUUCAGGGAUUCAAGAAUGGUGGUCUUCGUAAACUACUCCAUAGAUUUGAGACAGAGAGAAGGAACACCGGCUACCAGUUUAUUUACUAUUCACCUGAGAAGACAGCGAAGGCAAAGGAAGUUCUCAGCAGCAUCAACCAGCUGCAACCUCUCAUAGCAACUCAUGCAGACCUGCUGCUAACCUCUGCCAGUCAGCGUUCUCCAGACAGCCUGAAGAGCUCUUUAAAGCUGCUUUCAGAAAAAACUGAGCUAUUUGUCCAUGCCUUCGAGGACCAGCUGGUCAGGAGUGCUCUUUUAGCUCUCUACACUGCGAGGCCAGGAGGCGUCCUUAAGAAGCCACCCUCCCCUAAUGUCAGCACAGAGGAGAAAAAUACCCAGCACGAUACCCCACAGCUUAGAAGACAAGACUCCAUACCACAUCAUUCUGACUAUGAUGAAGAAGAGUGGGAUAGGGUGUGGGUCAACGUGGGGAAGAGCCUGAACUACAUUAUCGCUAAAGUAGACAAACUGAUCGAGAGAGACAGUCACAAUGAAGAAGGUGCUGGAGGCAGCAGUAGCAAGGAAGGAGAGGCGGACCCUACCCUGGAAGAUUCCAUCACAUCUCACCCAUGUGAGGACUGGUAUGAACAGCUGCACCCACUCAUCCUCGCCUUGAAGGAGUGCAUAGGAGAAGUGGUGAACCGAGCCAAGCAAUCCCUGACAUUUGUACUUCUUCAGGAACUGGCCUACAGUCUGCCCCAGUGUUUGAUGCUGACUCUGAGAAGAGAUAUUGUCUUCAGUCAGGCGCUUGCUGGAUUGGUUUGUGGUUUUAUCAUCAAAUUACAUACAAGUUUGCAUGACCCUGGCUUCCUGCAACAGCUUCACACAGUGGGCUUGAUAGUACAAUAUGAAGGACUACUAAGUACUUACAGUGAUGAAAUUGGAAUGCUGGAGGACAUGGCGGUCGGUAUUUCAGAUUUGAGGAAAGUUGCAUUUAAAAUAACUGAAGCCACUUCCAAUGAUGUCCUCCCUGUUCUCACGGGAAGGCGUGAACACUAUGUGGUGGAGGUCAAGCUUCCAGCUACAGUAUUUGAGUUGCUCCCACUGCAGAUUAAAGAAGGCCAGUUGCUUCACGUGCAUCCCGUUCUGUUUAAUGUGGGAAUCAAUGAGCAGCAGACACUGGCUGAGAGGUUUGGAGAUGUUUCUUUGCAAGAAAGUAUUAAUCAAGAAAAUUUUGAACUUGUACAAGAAUAUUAUUCAAUAUUUAUGGAAAAGAUGCCUCCUGAUUAUAUUUCACAUUUUCAAGAACAAAAUGAUUUAAAAGGACUGUUGGACAAUCUCCACCAAAAUAUUCAAUCCAAAAAAAGAAAGAAUGUAGAAAUCAUGUGGCUGGCAGCAACGAUUUGUCGGAAACUCAAUGGUAUUCGUUUUACCUGCUGUAAAAGUGCCAAAGACAGGACAUCGAUGUCGGUAACACUGGAACAGUGCUCCAUCCUGAGAGAUGAGCAUCAACUGCACGAAGACUUUUUCAACAGAGCUUUAGAUUGCAUGAGAAGAGAAGGAUGCCGCAUAGAGAAUGUCCUGAAGAAUAUGAAAUGCAGGAGGUAUGCUUUCAACAUGCUACAGCUCAUGGCUUUCCCCAAGUGCUACAGACCUCCAGAAGGCACAUAUUGAAAAGCUGACACCUAAGUUUACCAACAUGGAGACAAACAGGAACGCAAAUACACUGAGCUCUGAAGAUCUCCACUUGUGUCAAUUUUAUUUUUUAUCAUUACGAGUUCAUAGGGUGAGGUGUUCGUGAGUGUUGCUCACAUGAAGACCAAUACAUUUCUCAGAAAGCAACCUGGAUCUGAAGCCUUACCAGCACUCCAGUGUCCGGUCUAUCCAUUCUCCUUUGUGUUAACACACCUCACUGGUCGAGGUUAGUUGAGAAAGGAUAAUUCCAUUUGUAGGGUAUUUAAAUAAAACGUGUCCUGAGGAAGCAAGGCUGUUCCCAUGGAGCCAGAGGUGACUUGGAGAAUGCCACACUCCACCUAAGCAAAGAGGGAUUCAUGUGAGGCUACUUUAGAGCCUUGACUGCAGACAAGCUCAGAGUCCAGCUUACUGGCUUUUAUAUAAUAUGCAUAUAGUAAAUGCAAUUAGGGAAUGGCAAACCAUGCCCUUGGUUACUGACAUGGUUUGCAGGUAUGUUUGUACACAUCUCCAGCAGCUUGAAAUUCACUUGGAAGUAUGAGAGAGAGAGAGAGAGAGAGAGAGAGAGAGAGAGAGAGAGAGAGAGGAGAGAGAGAAAUAUGUUCCCUGGGAGUCCUCUUAAGUGUGUGAGUUUGCUUUCUGUGAUAGGUCAAUAUAUGUGAAGUGAAGAACCCUAAAAUAUGUGUGCAGCCAUAAACGGUAAUAAAUCAACAAAGUGCCUGUCAGUUAAUUCUUACAGUAAAAUUACUAUUAUUCCAAGUUAGUAGUUUCCUAGGAGACCACGUUGCAAAAGAAGUGACUGAAUUAAAGCACUGCACUUGAUGACUGCACAAUAACGAGCUCAGCCACCCUUGCCAUCUCACUCUUGAAACUUCCUAACCUUCACCUUACUUCUUCUCCCUAUGUAUGAAUAUUGACAGAGGAGGGCCAAAUAAAAAUUAGAAUUUAUCACUGAAUUAACAUUCAGAAUAAAGUGAUAUGAAAGAAAUUUUAUUCCUCCUUUUCUCCAAGCACAUAUCUCCCCAGAGCAUGCUAGAGGCGUCUUACACUGCUGGUUCUCUGCCAUGACUUCAUUCAUAGGGCCACAUUGCUUACCUUCAUGUGUAACACGAUAGCCAUUUGCCUAAAAGGCUUCCCUGCUGUAAAGGGUUUUCACAUUAGACAUAUAGUCCCAUGGUGAGUUUUCCAAGAGACUGAAAACAGAAGGUAACACUCAGAGGCUUCUCACAUUGGAAAUAGCCAUUCUUUUUAAAGGUAAUGACCUAUGGCUGUUACCAAACUAUUUAUAACCUUCAAAAAGAAAAAAAUGCAUUUAUAUAUAAAAUUACCUUAGUGUUCUCAGACCUAGUCUCGGUUUCUGUCAUGUCAUAUAAUGUUUGUAAUUAGUCUGUUUUUAUCAGGGUGGUACAAUUUGUGGUUAUUUUUGUUACUGUGCUGAGUUUAAGAAAGAGAGAGCUGUGACCCAAGAGGUUUUGUGUCUAUUUCUGGGCUUUUCUUAGUAUCUCAAGUAGCGAUAUGCAGUCCAGGACACCUUAUAUAAUUUUAGGUCAUCUUGAUUCAAAUAUGGUAAACAUUUAUUAACCAGAAAGCCAAUCCUCGGGUUUCCCAGUUUUGUGUGACAUUUUAUAGGAUACUUUUUCUUUGUCAAUAAAUGCUUAUGUAGAAAUAUCAAAGGUCGACCUCUAUAAUGCACAGUAAUGAAGUUUUACUCACUGACAGCAGCACCAUUUCCUAUGGGGCUCAGACAUAUGUACAUCCUUGCCACAGAGGAGUUUAACAAGAAAAUUCCUAUUUCCUAAGUGUGACUGCUCUCCUCUAUAGGCACUCAGGCAACCACGCCAUGACGCCUUAUUCCCAAGACUUUCAGAACCAAACAUUAAAUGAAACCUUUUUAAAAAAUCUCCCUUGCAUAAGCAUAGCUGCAGCCAUGCAGCUCUCUCAGCUGCCUUCCUACUGCCUCACACGUGCUUUCAUUUAAGGGCUAUACCAGCAGGCAGAUCUGCAGAAAUCACAUAGAGUCAAGCAAUUGAUCAAGAAAAUGACAUAUCCAAGCAAUGAAGUGGUUUUUUUUUCUUUCUUUCUUUCUCAAAAACAACAACAGCAACAACAAAAAACAUUUUUCUUCUUAUCAAAUACAGGUAUCAAUUCUGGUUUAACUAUUUACAGAGCAACCAGAGAAAUAUAUUAAAAGCAAAAAAGGAGAGCACACCCAUGCUUAUUAUCCAAAGGCCUAGGGUGUGUGUGUUUUCUCAGCACAACUAAAUGUCCCUUUGAAACAUCUGAUUGAAGAAGAGGUACAUUUGUGUGCAGCACGUCACCGAGUUUCCGCCUCUGCUUUUCUGCCUAAAUAUUGCUUUGAGCCUUACCACACACUGCUUAAAACAUCUUUUAAAUGCUAACAUUUGGGUCAGUCUGGUAAUCCAGUAGGGCCAUGAUAACUAUAUGAUGUAGCUGAUGAAUUCUUUAAAACCAGUCCCUCCCCAGUCAUGCAGCACUCCCUAUGGCCACUAGGCAUGCAUUAAACCAUUGCUUCUGACAGACAGUGCCUCCUUGAAAACCAGCACAGACUGGGUCAUACAGCCUCCCACCCCCCACAUUCUCACACUUUAAGUGAUUAGGGAAAAAAUGUGAUAUUUUUUCCUAAUCAGAUCCUUCCCUCUGUAAAGAUGUUGUGCCAGGAGGCUUUCUCCCAGGAGUCCCUGAGGUGGCUGAUUCAUAAGAGACAGUCAUUGAGUUUUCUGGAAUUGUGCAAACUGGCUGCUACAUGCGACCAUGAUUAGCCAUGUUAUGCAAUGAAUUUGUUAAAAGUAAAGAUGAAAAUCAAAUCUUAAAACUUCCUAGCUUUUUUUUUUCCAAUCAGAUUUUGCUAUCUAUUAUAUUUCUAAAUGCAGUUAGCCCUUGUGGUUCUUCAUUGUUCAAAUUCUUUAUUGAUAAUAUGCAACCGUGAACCAUUGCACUCCACAUUUGUGAACACAAUGUUGGUAUCUUGAAAUCACCCACUGUGGGAAUAUUUAAACCACAGAAAUUGCCAAAUGUUAUAAACCAGGAUAUUUAUAUUUUCGAACACCAGUUGUUAAACAUUUACCAGCCAGAGCAUGGCUCCAUGCCACUACAGAUAUUCUCUUUUCCUCCAGAAAAUAACAAAUUAUUGGAAGGAGGAUAAUUUUAGGAUGGUUUUUAAAAGAAAGCAGUCUUUUGUCAGAUUAUUAUAAUUUUAUUGUAGAUUUUAUCACCCUUAAAGAACACUGCUCGUCUAGUCAGUAUACUAGAUACUUAUAUUUAUUCAUAAUUCAGUUACUAAAAAUAAAACAAUUGUUUUAUUAAUUAAAUUAAUCAUCUGCUGCAAGUAGUCCUUAGAAUUCUAGCUUUAUUAUAAAUAAUAUGUCACCACCAAGUUCAGGAAAGUGUUAAUUUAAUCAUAAUAUCCCAAAUUAUACUUCAUCUCAAUUCAUAAACUUAUGAUUAUAGCAUUAUUGAAAGGAAAAGCAGAAUUUUAUCAUUAUGCCCAAUGUUUACUAAAUUGAGCACAGUUGAAACCCAUCCUGUUUAAUUAAAUAAACUCUGGCAAUAUGGCAGGAAAACCUAGAUGUACAUAUAUGAUUCAGACAGGUGUGGCACAUCACUUUAGUCCAAUCAGUGGGACAUAUUUCAUAAUCUCUUAAUAAAUGAAUUUUUAAAACACAUUUGAGGAAUAUGUCUGAGACACUCUGACCAGCAGCUGUGGAGAGCAGCGGGUAUAUUGGACACAAAACAUUUCUCAUAGUUAGAACCUAUACAAAAUACACAAUGUUCAUGACUGAAAAGAAUAAUUAAUUUUUAAAGAACUAGAAUGAUUUGACAGUUUUAACAUAAAUUCGUAUUCAUCCAGCCCACCUCCAAUCUGUGUAAGCUAUGAUUCCGUAUUUAUCAUGUUAGCUUUUAAAGUAAAAAAAGGAGGGGCUUACAUUUAUCUUUUCUUUCUCUGAAAGCUUGGAACUAGAAGUUUCCACACAAAGAUGCUAACUAUAGCAAAUAUUGACUUCAAAAAUACAAAGCUAAUAACUAGUGUUUUGAUAAAAUAAAGUAUGCCACUCAGUAUGGAGAUAAGGAACAGAAAUUUGCACUCUUUUUUUUUUUCUCUGAGCAAUGGGGCAUGUUAGCUUCUCUUUGAAGUUUAUUUCUAAGACUACAAAAUACAACCAUGCUUCUAAUUAAGAGGGCCAUAUGUAAUACUUAAAUAGAGAAAGGGGUGCAUAUAAGGUAAUGCUAAUCUCCAAAAUGGUGAAUGCGAUUGGUUUUCCUACACUUCGAUUUACACUUGGGCAUGCAUAUUUAAGGAAAUAGAAGCUUAGAAUUUAGUUAGAGAAUGUGGCCAUUAGUGUAAAUGCAACUUGCAUAAAUGAUUCUCUCUAAAGUCAUGUGCCAUAGAUGCAUGUUAGCACAAUCUGCAGUGCAGUAAAAGCAAUAUGUAAGGAAAGAGGUAUAAAUCAUUCUGUGCUGGAAGAAUAGAUUUUCCAUGAUAUUUCUACAAUCUUUAAAAUUAUUCCUAGAUAACAAAGGGCACAGUGUAACAUUCUGUCUUUUAUAAUGAUCUAUGAAUUUGGCCAAUAUUUCUAUAAUACCUGUGUAAUUUUUAAGAUGAUUUCAUGUCAUGAUCAACAGCAGAACUUAUCUUGUGUUGAAAAGCCUUCACAGUUUUCAAAGGGCAGAACGUUCAUUUAUCUGCGCAUGCCCCACCCUUUGUGCAUUCUGUGUGAACAUUUUUUUCUUUUAAUUUAAUGCAUUUUCAGGUUCUUGUAGUAUUCAUUUGAAAGGUUGGCACUUGCUUUCUUUUUGUUAAGUAUACAUUCUAGAUAAACCAAUAAUGUGUUGUAUUCCCAUAUGUCAUGGAAAUGAGUCAUGUGUAGAUAGAUCACUUUAUAUUAGAAUUCAAAGAAAUAUCACAUUCAUUUUAUUUUGUGUAAAUCAUAUUCA